CGUGGGCCCCGCCCAUGGCGACCAGACAUGCGCUCCUCUAGCAGCAGUUCCACGUUGUGCCAAUGGCCCACUACGAGGAGGUGAGCGUGUCUGGCUUCCAGGAGUUCAACUGGGCCGUGGAACAGCACAAUGGCAAGACCAUUUUUGCCUCCUUCACGGAUUCUAAGGACGCCGGAGGGAAAAGCUGGUGCCCCGACUGCGUGCAGGCUGAACCAGUCGUACGAGAGGCGCUGAAGCACGUUAGUGAAGGAUGUGUGUUUAUCCACUGCCAAGUAGGAGACAAGCCUUAUUGGAAAGAUCCAAAUAAUGGCUUCAGAAAAAACUUGAAAGUGACAGCAGUGCCUAUGCUACUUAAGUACGGAACACCUCAAAAAUUGGCAGAAUCUCAGUGUCUUCAGGCCGACCUUGCAGAAAUGCUGUUCUCUGAAGAUUAAGAUUUUAUGAUGGCAAUCAUGUCUUGAUUUCCUGAUUUUAGUAUCAAAAAACUGUAUACUUGCUUUGAAUUCAUGUUAGCAAUAAAUGAUGUUAAAAAACUGGAAACAAAACAAAACAAAACAACAAUGAAGUCAGAGGUCAACCUUAUAAAUUACCCAACAAACACAGUAGUUGGGUCAUCAUACGUACUUUUUGUCUUAUCAGUUUUCUUUACAAUAGUAGGACUUCCAUUUGCCACAAAGUUUGUUUAGCAGGCUAAUAAAUGUCUAAAUUCCUUGACUCUCUUAAUAUUUUUUAGUUUUGGAGGGUGGGGAGGACAAAGGUGAGGCAUCUGAGCAACCCUCUCAUAGGAAGAUGCUCAGAUGAAACUGAUGCUGAGAAGGAAAAAAAAUGCUUUGAUUUGCUCUCACUAUGCACUUUGGAUU